GGUGGCGGCUGCGGGCUGGGGAUCAGCGUUUUGAGGCCAUGUCCGUGGAUUUUAAGACUUUCGUGGAUCAGGCGUGCAGGGCUGCUGAGGAGUUCGUCAAUAUUUACUACGACACGAUGGACAGGAGGCGCCGGGCGCUGCCCAGGCUCUACCUGGACGAGGCCACUUUAAUAUGGAAUGGAAACGUGGUCACGGGGCUGGAAGACCUCGCUAACUUCUUUGAGAUGCUGCCUUCCAGUGAGUUCCAGGUGAACACGCUAGGUUGCCAGCCGGUGCACGGGCAGGCCACCCGGUCCCAGAGCACAGUGCUGGUGGUGACCAGUGGCACCGUCAAGUUUGAUGGGAACAGGCAACACUACUUUAACCAGAACUUCCUGCUGACCACGCGGCCCGCUUCCAACAGCAGCGCCGUGUGGAAGAUUGCCAGCGACUGCUUCCGCUUCCAGGACUGGGCCUCCAGCUAG